UCACACACAAGUAAAGUUCUGCUGGAGAUCAUUCAGAAGCGCUUGCAGCGGUACAUCCACAGGGAACUGCCAGAAAUUCAGGCUGGAUUCAGAAGAGGGUGUGGUAGGAGGGAUAUCACUGCUGACUUCAGAUGGAUCCUGGCUGAAAGCAGAGAACACCAGGAGGGUGUUACCUGUGUUUUUUCGACUGUGCAGAGGCAUUGGACUGCGUGGAUCACAACAAAUGAUGGAUAACAUUGCAAAGAAUGAGAAUUCCAGAACACUUAAUUGUGCUCAAGAGGAACCUGUACAUUGACCAAGAGGUAGUUGUUCAAACAGAACAAGGGGACACUACAUGGUUUAAAACCAAAAGAGUGUGUGUCAGGGUCGUAUCCUCUCACCAUACUUAAUCAAUCUGUAUAUUGAGCAAAUAGUCUUAGAAGCUGGACUAUACGAAGAAGAAGGGGGCAUGAGGACUGGAAGGAGACUCAUUAACAACCUGCGUUAUGCAGAUGACACAACCUAGCUUGCUGAAAGUGAAGAGGACUUGAAGCACUUACUGGUGAAGAUCAAAGACCACAGCCUUCAGUAUGGAUUCCACCCCAACAUAAAGAAACAAAAACCCUCAAAACUAGACCAAUAAUCAACAUCAUGAUAAACAGAGAAAAGAUCGAAGUGGUCAAGGAUUUUAUUUUACUUGGAUCCACAAACAACACUUAUGGAAGCAGCAGUCAAGAAAUCAAAUGACAUAUUGCAUUGCGCAAAUCUGCUGCAAAAGACCUUUUUAAAGUGUUAAAAAGCAAAGAUGUCACUUUAAGGACUAAGGUGCAUCUGACCCAAGCCAUGGUAUUUUCAGUCACCUUGUGAAAACUGGACAAUGAAUGGGGAAGAUGGAAGAAGAAUUGAUGUCUUUGAAUUAUGGUGUUAAAGAAGAAUUUUGAAUAUACCAUGGGCUGGCAGAAGAAGGAACAGAUCUGUCCUGGAAGAAGUACAAGCAGAACGCUCCUUAGAAGCAAGGAUGGCAAGACUUCAUCUCACAUACUUUGGACAUGUUAUCGGGAGGAACCAGUCCCUAGAGGAAGACAUCAUGCUUGGUAAAGGAGAUGGCCAGUGAAAAAGAGGAAGGCCCUCAAUGGGAUGGGUUGACACAGUGGCUGCAACAAUGGGCUCAAGCACAGAAACGAUUGUGAGGAUGGUGCGGGUCUGGGCAGUGUUUUGUUCUGUUGUACUUGGGGUCACUAUGAGUUAGAAUUGACUCAACACCUAAUGACAACAAUAAUUCGUGGAAGUGGCUCUCCAGGCCUUUCUUCCUAGUGUGUCUUAGUCUGUAGGCUCUGCUGAAACUUGUCCACCAUGAGUGACGGAUCACUGGUGUUUGAGAUAUUGGUGGCAUAGCUUCCAGCACCACGGCAAUGUGCAAGCCCCCACAGUAUGAGGAACUGACAAAUGGGUAGUGGGUGACAACUAUAAGGGUAGUCAUUAUAAAUCAGGGUCUGCAGCCAUUUCUGAUGUAACACACCUCACAGGCUGAGCUUUCUGUGCUCCUCACACAGACCUACACCACAGACAUUGGUCACCCUGAGUACAGAUGGGGAGAUAGGGGGCAGGGUGAGCAGGGGUGUGCACCCAUUGUCACCUGUGGCUUGCAGCUCUGUUCCAGGUUACCUGCCCGAACCAGUGCAGAUGGUUACCAGGUGGAUUGGACUCACCGAGCUUAUUGGCCCCAGGUAGCCACCCCAUUUCAAAUGUGUGCCUCUUUGCAGGGCAUGGCACAGAAAGACACGACCCCACCACCUGGGGCCGCCUUGAGACCACCCCGUGUCUUCAAGCUGGUUCUCCUGGGAAGCGGCUCUGUGGGCAAGUCCAGCUUGGCUCUCCGGUAUGUCAAGAAUGACUUCAAGAGCAUCCUGCCCACCGUGGGAUGUGCCUUCUUCACAAAGGUGGUGCACAUGGAGGCUGCUUCCCUCAAGUUUGAGAUCUGGGACACAGCCGGCCAGGAGAAGUACCACAGCGUCUGCCACCUCUACUUGCGGGGUGCCAAUGCCGCGCUCCUUGUGUAUGACAUCACCAGCAAGGAUUCCUUCGUCAGGGCUCAAAGUUGGCUGAAGGACCUGGAGAGCGAGUUUCUGCCGGGAGAGGUUGUGGUGAUGUUGCUGGGCAACAAGACAGACCUCAACAAGGAGCGUGAAGUGACGUUCGAGGAGGGGAAGGAGUUUGCAGAGAGCAAAAAGCUGCUGUUCAUGGAAACCUCAGCCAGGCUCAACCACCAAGUGACCGAGGCCUUCAGUGCUGUGGCCCGAGAGCUACUGCAAAGAGAAGAGACAGUGGGCCCGACGCAGAAGGAGAACGCCCGGGUGGCUCUGAACGAGGGGCCCCCCAGGCAGGUCAGGUGCUGUGCCCACUAG